AUGCAACGGUCCAUAGACACACCCGAUGCGCCGACGAAGUUGGCCCAGUUGAAAGAUUCGACUGGACUUUUCCUUGAAGAAGAAAAUACCAGGGAAGGGUUGGCCAGGCCCGGAGCGUUGAGGAGGCCUCGGCGAUCACCUAGGUUGACUGUAUAUCAUGCAUGGGCCGUCCUGCUCUCCACCUUGGCGGUCCUGGUGAUCUUGACAAAAUGCGCCCGAUCCCGGUAUAUACUGGGAGGAAAGGCAGGAGACGGACGACAGCUAGCAGGAAAUGACGGUGAAUCGGACGAAGACCCUGACCUCGCCGCAAUACUGGAGCUUUGUGUGGAAAUGGAGCAGGAGCACGGCCAAUCGAUGCAACCUUAUGGAAUGCCGCCACAGAUGUACUGGGGGGACAGUCAACCGUGGCAGCACGUUCCCGGUAGCAGAGAGGACCUGCACACUGGCGCACAAAGUACUUCGUCGCCGGAAUGGGACGGAUCCGUGCCUUCUUCUUCCGCUGGGACCCCAGGAUUCCACCAGGGACCUGCUAUGCAGACGGACUAUAGCUUUUUGACAAGGUCCGCUGACAUAUUGGAGGGCAAUGAGUAUCUAGACGAGGGGCCGUCCACUUCGGCAGGGGUCUCUACCAUGCUGCUGCCAUAUGCUGACGGGUCCCUGCCCCACCAGGGACCUGGUACGCAGACGGACUAUAGCUUUUUGAGAGGCUCCGCUGAUAUGCGGGGGUCUCCUGAGUCUCUAGGCGAAGGACCGUCCACAUCUGCAGGGUUCUCUUCGAUGCUGCUGCCAUCUGCUGACGGUUCCGUCUCCAGUGGUUCUGCGGGAUACGGCUCAUCGGCCCUUCCUGCGGCUGGCAGUGCACCUUCAUCAUUUCAAGGAUUUCAUGUGCCGAGUUCUGCAGCUCCCUUAAACGUGCCUUUGGUUUUUGACGAAUUCAACGCAGGCCUGAUGUUGCCUCAAGCCAAGCCCAGGGCGCAGCAGGCUGCCGCAGCUCACGUCGUUCAGCCCACCCCAGAGCGAAGCGCGUUCCCUGCAAUUGUUGAGGCAUUAUCUGCAGGAAAGAGAAAAAGUGAAGAACAACCGGCCAGCACUCCAGCGGCCCCUUCAAAGAAAUCGAGGGCAUCUUCCAAACGAAGGGCAAGAAAGUCACGGUACCCAAACAAAACAACUGUUAGUAGUUGA